AUGGCAAAGAAAUCCGCCAAAGGAGCAAAAGAUAAUCGCACUACUGCUAAUGGUGUAUUACGUACAAGUAAGGAUAGUAAUAAAAGCAAGUUAAACAACAACAACAACAACAGCAACAACAACAACAGUCACAAUAGCAAGAACCAUAAAGGUAUAAAAUCUAAAAGGAUAUUACAAAAAAUGGAUCAACAUAGACAACCUUAUCAUAAUCAACAAAACAAUGGACAACUACAACAACAACAACAACAGGUAGCCAACCAAUUCCAAAACAAUAACAAUAACAAUAAUAAUCAAUUUUAUCAGCAACAACAACAGCUGAUACAACAGCAACAACAACACCAUCAGCAACAACAGUUGAUACAACAACAACAGCAUCAACCACAACAGCCACAACAACACUAUUUUGACAAUCAUCAAAUUAACCAUGGAUAUAACAAUAACAACAAUAACUAUCAACAACAUAAUAGAAAUGGAAAUGGUGGUUUUAAUCGUUAUAAUAACAAUGUAAAUGUUUUUGGAAAUGACAAUGGAAAUGAAAAUAUAAAUGGAUUUGGAUAUAAUAAUAAUCAACAACAACAACAACAACAACAACAACAACAUCAGCAACAAGAAAAUCGUUAUCAUAAUCAACAACAACAACAACAACAACAAUACCAACAACAGCAACAGUAUCAACCACAACAACAACAACAACAACAACAGCAACAACAACCUUUUGUCCAGAAUAACUAUCACAAUAAUAAUCAUCAUUCACAAAGAGCCAACCACAACAACAAUAUCUUCCAACAGCAACAACAGUUCCUCGCAAAGAGUCAACCACAUAACUCUCAUAGAAAGAAUAAACAAACAGAACUGAAUCAAUCAUAUCAACCAUAUCAACAAAACCAAGUUAACAACAGAUAUUUUAAUAAUAACAAUGAUAAUUUUAAUAAUUACAAUAAUAAUAAUAGUCAAAUGAACUUCUACCAACAACAACAACAACAAAGAUACCAACAAGUUCAACCAAAUCAACAGAACAGAUAUGGACAACAACCAGCCCAUGCUAGCCAUUCAACACAACCAGCACCACCCAUGAAAAAGAAACCAAAGAAACCAAAGAAAAAGAAUCUACAUCUAGAUAACCAGACCGAUCUUGACCCAAAGAGAAGUGAGAUUAUAUUUACUCUGCCAAACCAACAUAAACAUCAAUUCAAGGCAGCAGGUAUCUUAUUGUAUAGUGAAGCAGAGGAUGGCACCAUUAGAGUGCUACUGGGUUGUGAGGACAGAAGUGCCAAGAAGAAGUAUCGCCCAUCGGUGACACCCAACGUCUACCUGCCGUUCGGAGGAAAAGUAGAGCCGGGCGAGACUGCCUAUUCCACGGCUAUCAGAGAGUUCAACGAGGAGACUGCAUUCAUAUUCGAUGCACACAAAGAGGAAUACAAGGAGCGAUUAAAGUCGAGUGAGACUGCAAAGCUUUGGUUCCCGUUCUCCAAGUACAUUCUCUUUUUGCUCAAGAUCAAACACGACGACUCGCUACCACAGCAAUUCUUGGAUGUCGAUAAGUCGGGAUUCGAACAUACCGACCAGCUCUACCUCGAGUGGAUCGACAUCGACGCGAUCUACGCCACCAGAGACAACUUUUUUGUGCGUCCAAACGGUGAGCAAGGUGAAAUCUCUUCAUUCUUCACUUCGAUGAUUCAUCUGAUAAGACGAUAUUUUAGCUCAAGAGAUACUCUAAAUCAACAAUAUCUAACAAAGCUAACAAUGCGCAAAGCAGAAUCAUCAACAACAGCAACAACAACAACCACUACCAAUAACCAUAUAGUUAAUCUAGAUGAAAUUGACGUUGAUGAAAAUGAAGAAGAAGAAGAAGAUAAUGAACAAGACAACCAAGAUGAAAAUGAAGAUGAAGAUGAUGAUGAAAAUGACGAAAAAUAA